UAAAUUAUUAUAGAUUUACAUAGCCAAUAUUCUUCUUCUAUGUUAGGAUAUGAACUUGCUUUUUAGGAAUUAUGACAAUGAAGUUGGCAACGCGAAUCAAUUUUGACGUUGCAUUGUCAGCUUGGUUGCAUGAAAAAUUGUUUUCGUAUCUAUACAGAUUUAAAACACAAAAAAAAUUAUUAUUGGUGAACAAGAUCGUACUUAAAUAAAUAUUUUAAAUUUAUACAAUAUUGCAAAUAUGAGUGGGCGAAUCCGUUCACCUACCACCAAAAGUUCGAAAAGAUACAAAUCACGUACGCGUUCCAGAAGUUCUAGCCGCAGUACGAGUAGUUCGGGAAGUGAUAGUAGCAGUAGUGAAAGUAGUGCUAUUAGUAAACAUAGUCGCAAUAAAUCAAGGAGAAGAACACGAUCAAGAAGUCCAAAGAAUAAAAGACGUGAUCGUUCACGCUCAAGAGAAAAAAGUAGUAUAGUACAGAGAAAGAGAUCACCUUCUAAAAGCACUAAUAAACGCCGUAGUCCACAACGUAGUUCCCGCCGUUCUCGUUCGCGCCAGAAAGAUAAUAAAACUUCGAGCCGGCAUCAAACCAACUCUAGAAGAUCACGUUCACGUGAAACAAAUCCAUUCAAACGUAAACAAAUUUCAAGUUCUAGUAGAAAUUCUGAAAGGAGAAGAUCACGCUCUAAAAGUAAUGAUGUUAGAGACAAUGGUUCAAGACAUCGAAGAUCCAGAUCACACUCGAGAAGUCACAAUAAUAAUUCAAAAUCAAAUACACAUGAGAAUGAUAGACACUCACAUUCAAUCAGUAAAAAUACUGAAUAUAGUAUUAACAGCGAACGUUGGCCAAACGAUAGAUUUCAUGAUAAUAAUUAUUUACCACGUGAUACAAAACCUCAUAGACCACAUGGUGAAUCUAAUAGAAGACACAAAACUGAAAUGAAAUAUAUGGACACCAGACGUUUACAGCGUGAAAGUAUUGGCGCUGAAGGCGUUGCUGAAAUAUGGGGUAAAAGUCCUGCACAUAUCGAAAAUUUUUCAUGUGCUGAAAGCGAUGUGGAAUUGUUGGAACAUACAUAUAAAGGACCAACAAAAAAGAAAAAGAACAAAAAAAUGUCUAAAAAGAAAUCAAAAAAAUCUAAGAAGAAAAAAUCAAAAACUAGUAAAAAAUCUAAAAAAAGAAAAUCUAAAAAAUCUUCAUCGUCUGAUUCUUCAGCUACAUCCGAUGAGAGUUCUGAUGAUAGUUCCGAUGAUAGUACAAGUAGUUCAAGUUCUGAUACUGAAGGUGAAGGCGAAGGAGAGGAAGUUUGGGUAGAAAAAAGUGCUUCUGAUAAAAAGAAACGCAAGAAAACAAAAGAUAAAAAGUUAAAGAAAAAUAAAGAAAAAAUAAAUUCCGAUAAAAUUGCAACAUCAAAAACAAGCAUAAAUGAUAAUGAAGAGUUUGGACCCACCUUGCGUCAAACUACCGGCUUAAACCAAAAAGAUUUUGGACGUGCACUGUUGCCUGGUGAAGGUGCUGCAAUGGCAGCAUACAUUGCUGAAGGAAAACGCAUACCCCGACGUGGUGAAAUUGGUCUUACUUCUGAGGAAAUAGCAACGUUCGAAGAUGUGGGUUAUGUUAUGAGUGGCAGCAGACAUCGUCGUAUGGAAGCGGUACGUAUACGUAAAGAAAAUCAGAUCUAUUCUGCUGAUGAGAAGCGAGCACUUGCUAUGUUUAGCAAAGAGGAACGACAGAAGCGUGAAAAUAAAAUUUUAUCACAAUUCAAGGAGAUGAUCAACUCUAAACUCCAUGCAAAAGAAAAGAAAUAAUGGAUGUAUUUGUAGUGUGAUGCAUGUAGCAUAAUAAUAAGCUUCAUUAAACUGUAAAAAGUAAUUAUCAUUAAAGCAACUCAUUGUAUGAUA